AUGUUGGGAUUAGGCUACAUAGGCCUCAUGAUCUCGUGGCUUAUUAGCUACAUCCUUGGAGGUAUCACCUUUGUGUUCAUCCUCGGCUUUACUCUGUGGAGCGUCGUCUGGUUUUACGGGUCCAGCCCCAUCGGCGACCCAGACCCGUCCAAGCGUAUCCAGACCAAGCUCGAAGCCGAGGAGGUGCUCAAGGCCAACCAGACUGCCGGAUUGGGUCAAGAACCCCAGGCAGAGCUCGAGGGCUUCUUCAUUAUUCGUCGAAGCUUUGAGGCCGACGCCAACUCCCAGCCGCAGUCCCGCGAGUUCCUCAGCGGCAAGGACGAUAGCGAGGGUGAUUCCAAGGACGGUGGUGCCAACAGGCCCCUUCAAACCAAGGAUGCUGGCACCGGCGCCGUUCCCCCCAAGCCGACGUAUGCCGGCCGUCUGCUGCAGACCUACCGCACCGUCUCCAAGAGUGCUGUAUCGAACAAGCCCCCAGACGUAUACGUCUGCAAGCUCAAGGGCAGCGUUCUUUUCAUCUACAAGCAAGAAAAAGACAAGGACGGGGAGCGUGAUUGCGUGGCCGCUCUCACGAUCGACCAGUUCAACGUCGCCAUGGAGGACCACAACGGUCCCUGGAGGGGCAAGGAUGGACGCCUGUUUGGCAAACGACACGCCAUCGUUCUCCGCAAGCUCGCGUCAAAGAACAACGAGAAACAGGGUCUUGGGGUGCUUGCCAAGGGCAUGAGUGGCACAAACGCUGAUACCGCCGCCGAAGAGGGUGCGCCGUGGUUUCUGUUCUCAAAGAGGAACAGCAAGACCGAGGACUUUUACCUUGCCUUGCUCAAGGUCUCGGCCAACCCGCCUUCCUACUCUCGCUGCUUCUCGCAUGCCCACAUGCAGUGGUUCAUCGAUCAGGUCGAGAAUCGCCCGGACCGCAGCAGCAUGGACUGGUUCAACCUGUUUGUCGGCCGCAUCUUUUUGGGAAUCAACCAAACUGCCCUCGUGGAGCAGUUUGUCAUUGACAAGAUCAACAAGAAGCUCGCCCUCGUCCAGCACCCCUUGAUUGGUCCUCUCGUAGCCACCGAGGUCAACGUCGGUCACAUUCCUCCAAUCUUCUCCGAUGCCAUGCUCAAGGAUACCAAGGCGUCGGGCGAGAUUGCCUUUGAAAUGCACAUGGACUAUCGUCAGCCCGAGGAGCUUCCCGGGUCUGGUAUCCGUAUCACCAUCGAGGCGACCAAGAUCGGUUUCAAGGCCGUGCUGGCCGUCCUUGUCAAGAGCAUUUCUGGUAACAUGAGGGUUGUUAUCAAGGCCCCUCCCUCAAAUCGCUUUUGGUGGGGUUUCACCGAGGAACCCCAAAUGGAACUCGCCAUCGAGCCAAUCGUCGGCUCCAGGACGAUCAAUCUCAGCAUGGUUCUCAGCUUUAUCGAGCGCAAGCUGCGCGAGGGGCUCAGCGACUCUGUUGUCCUUCCCAACAUGGACGACACGCCCUUCUUCAACACGUCCAAGCUUGACAUCCGUGGCGGUAUCUUUGACGAGGCGAGCAAGCACAUCCAGAGCGAAAAGCACAAGGACGACCAGUCAAACUCGGACGACUCCGCCAGCUUCCGCCACGACGUUCUGGCAGAAAAGUCUUCCACUUCGCAAAAGGCCUCAUCUCAGAAGAGCUCCAAGAGCUCGAAGAGUGUCACAAAGAGCACGACAAAGCCGGCUCCGCCCUCAAAGCAGACAACGGUCGACGAUUUGGACAUCCGCGACCGCCACCAGGUGGUUCGUUCCGAGACGACCCCGAUGCUGGGCGACAGGCGGGCGACCUCAAACACCUCAAACACCGUGCGCCCGUUACGGUCGCGCAAUGAUGCGUCUGAUGGAGGCCAAACGUCCAAAAGCUCCCUCGCGGAGGAACGGUCCGCGACACGACGACUCUCAAACCCCGUUACCAGCUCUGAUGUCCCCCGGUCUUCAUCACCGUCCAGCCAGACAUCGCGCGAGACGCCAAAGGACAGUUCCGUUAGCCGUAUUUCAACGGAAGUUUCUGAAGCGUCCUCGCCGACCAAACCCAUGACCACCUCGGCCAUCCUUCAUGCUGUCCGCGCGCGCGACAAGGAGGUCAUCCAGAGCCAGGUGUCCACGGCCAAAGACAGUGUGAAAAAGUGGGGUACCAACUUUAUGAACAAGCGCCGCGGUGCCAAGCCGGCCGACGACGACGAACACGCGGGCAUGCCAUCAUCUUACUACGUCCCCUCCGAAGACGCACGCCCAGUCCCAGCCCUUAACCACCGACAUGCAGAUGGCCGCACAUUGCAGGAGCGUCUUGCUGCGGCUGCGGCUGUCGCCGGCCAGGCAACGAGCCCGCGCGACAGCUCCUUCCCGCAACGUCGACCCAUUUCGUCAAUAUCGGCCGACACCGUUUCGAGUACCGCUUCGGCACCAAGCAUCCCCGUGCGCCAGAACCCACCCGUCGAGCCUAGUGGCAGCGAGCUCGGUACCUCUCCACCCACCGUCAUCCAGCCAACCCUGGGACGCACCAUGAUGGUGCCCUCAGUCCCCAAGCGCCCAGGCGUGGUCACCAGCAUUGCCAAUGACCCCACCGCCACGCCUACCACAUCGACUCUGUCCACCUCUGUGCCGGGCGCACCGCCCUCGCUUCCGGCACGCUCGGCACCAGCUCCGCCGAAAGUCAGUCGCGGUGACAGCCUUGCGGACAGCGUCGCCUCUGAGCCUCUGAUUUCGCUUUCGAGCGAGCACUCGAGUGAGGAAGGGGAGCUCAUUGAUCUUAGUGCGAGCAUGACCAAGAGCGCAAAUCAAUGGGUCGUGGUCGCAAUCGUUGCAUGCGGUGUCUUUGCUGUCGGUGUAAUCACCGUAAUGUACCGCAGAAGGCGAGCGCAAGCGUAUCAAGACGGCAUGUUCUGGGGCAGCACGGGAACCCGCCUCGUGCUUGACAACACUGGGACCCUCAUAGCAGUGCCUACAGGACAACUUCAGGCGCGGAGACCGCGCAAGAAGCUGGGACCAGAGCCAAAGUUGUGGGAUUCUGAAGUGGGGGAUACCCUCGACUCGGGACUGGACAGGAUGGACCAGUGGCAUCCGAUUGCCGUUGCUGUUCCCGAACACUCGUCGCCAGCGCCAAGCCCGGAGAGCUCGCGGGCCCCAAGCCCCAAGUUUGACUCUAGAUCAAGUCAACAUGAACCAGCCCCACACGUCGACGUCACGGUGCUUAUUGCCAUGCCUGAUCCUACGUGCACCCCACUAGGUGACGACGAUUAUCCCCUCUACCACCCGCCUCCUAGUUACAAGGCCGAGGACGGUAUUCUCCCUCCCAUGCAGCUGGCCACCACCGAAGUUCCCCUUGUUGGCCACUGGGCUGAUGUCGAGGGGCUCAGGCCUGUGAGGGAGCCUAGUCCCUCGCCACCAGGGCAGGUGCAGCGCGUGCGCGUUGACGGGUUCUCGCGCAGUUUCCUGCGUCGAUGGUAG